GGUUUCCGAGAUUCCAUCUGACCACGAGACCGUUGAGCCUACAGUCUCUGAUCACGAGAGUGUAUCCAGCGGUAGCGAGUCUGAGGAAGAGGUUUCCGAGAUUCCAUCUGACGAGAGUGUAUCCAGCGGUAGCGAGUCUGAGGAAGAGGUUUCCGAAAUUCCAUCUGACCACGAGACCGUUGAGCCUAUAGUCUCUGACCACGAGAGUGUAUCCAGCGGUAGCGAGUCUGAGGAAGAGGUUUCUGAAAUUCCAUCUGACCACGAGACCGUUGAGCCUACAGUCUCUGACCACGAUAGUGUAUCCAGCGGCAGCGAGUCUGAGGAAGAGGUUUCCGAGAUUCCAUCUGACCACGAGACCGUUGAGCCUAUAGUCUCUGACCACGAGAGUGUAUCCAGCGGCAGCGAGUCUGAGGAAGAGGUUUCCGAGAUUCCAUCUGACCACGAGACCGUUGAGCCUAUAUUCUCUGACCACGAGAGUGUAUCCAGCGGUAGCGAGUCUGAGGAAGAGGUUUCCGAGAUUCCAUCUGACGAGAGUGUAUCCAGCGGUAGCGAGUCUGAGGAAGAGGUUUCCGAGAUUCCAUCUGACCACGAGACCGUUGAGCCUAUAGUCUCUGAUCACGAGAGUGUAUCCAGCGGCAGCGAGUCUGAGGAAGAGGUUUCUGAAAUUCCAUCUGACCACGAGACCGUUGAGCCUAUAGUCUCUGACCACGAGAGUGUAUCCAGCGGCAGCGAGUCUGAGGAAGAGGUUUCCGAGAUUCCAUCUGACCACGAGACCGUUGAGCCUAUAGUCUCUGACCACGAGAGUGUAUCCAGCGGCAGCGAGUCUGAGGAAGAGGUUUCUGAAAUUCCAUCUGACCACGAGACCGUUGAGCCUAUAGUCUCUGACCACGAGAGUGUAUCCAGCGGUAGCGAGUCUGAGGAAGAGUUAUCUGAGAUUUCUUCAGACGAGAGUGUAUCCAGCGGCAGCGAGUCUGAGGAAGAGUUAUCUGAGAUUUCUUCAGACGAGAGUGUAUCCAGCGGCAGCGAGUCUGAGGAAGAGGUUUCUGAAAUUCCAUCUGACCACGAGAGUGUAUCCAGCGGCAGCGAGUCUGAGGAAGAGGUUUCCGAGAUUCCAUCUGACCACGAGACCGUUGAGCCUAUAUUCUCUGACCACGAGAGUGUAUCCAGCGGCAGCGAGUCUGAGGAAGAGGUUUCCGAGAUUCCAUCUGACCACGAGACCGUUGAGCCUAUAUUCUCUGACCACGAGAGUGUAUCCAGCGGCAGCGAGUCUGAGGAAGAGGUUUCCGAGAUUCCAUCUGACCACGAGACCGUUGAGCCUAUAGUCUCUGACCACGAGAGUGUAUCCAGCGGCAGCGAGUCUGAGGAAGAGGUUUCUGAAAUUCCAUCUGACCACGAGACCGUUGAGCCUAUAGUCUCUGACCACGAGAGUGUAUCCAGCGGCAGCGAGUCUGAGGAAGAGGUUUCCGAGAUUCCAUCUGACCACGAGACCGUUGAGCCUAUAGUCUCUGAUCACGAGAGUGUAUCCAGCGGCAGCGAGUCUGAGGAAGAGGUUUCCGAGAUUCCAUCUGACCACGAGACCGUUGAGCCUAUAGUCUCUGACCACGAGAGUGUAUCCAGCGGUAGCGAGUCUGAGGAAGAGGUUUCCGAGAUUCCAUCUGACCACGAGACCGUUGAGCCUGAAGGAACUAUGCGUGAUGUGGAUUCACAAACCUCAAAUAUGGAGUCAGACAAGCAUGUGGAUAACGAGUCUAUGUUAAGUCCGACAAUUCGUUUCCCAACAUUAAUUGGCGACUCACAUGGUCAUUCUCCUAUUGUUAACGACUCUCAUGUUUCUGAUGGUGAGGUUGGAACGGAUGGUUUGUUCGAUGUAGGUGUAACCGUCAACCAUUACUACGCGAAUGAUGGUGAAGGAAACGCUUUAUCUAUUCCUGGCAAAUCGGUUACCAUUAACCAUUAUCAUCAUCAGGUGACAGACGGGGAAACCAAACCGGUGGUUGGAGAAAGUGUGGUUAUUAGUUACGAGAAGGAGCUUGACGAUACCAUGUCCAAGCAAUUGAUGGGUGAAAGUGUGUCAUUUGUUCACCACAAUAACGAAAAUGGCGACAUUUACGUUAACCCGGUCUUAUCCGAUUUUAUGAAUGUCUCUUACAGUAACCCCAACGGCAAAGCUGAUCUCUUCGUUAAUCCUAUCAUUGCAGAAAACAUCAAGAUUAAGGAUGCCUUCUCACAAACAGAAGACGUGCUUCGUAAUUGUGCUGUUAUGCGUUUACGCCAAAUUAUCAACUUAUUACCGGAAAACAUCUCAGAACAAUUUAUGUCACAAAAUGUGUUUAACUUCGACCAUUACCUGGCUACUCAACUGGGCAGUUUGCCUGGAGGUAGUUUAUCGGAUGUGAUAAUCAACCAAGUUACUAGACACCUGGUGAAGGAAAUCCUUCAGAACCAUGCGCAACACAUUACGGAUGUUUCGGAUGAGCGCGAACUUGAAACGUAUCUAACAUACAUAAUUAGCACAACAUUGGAACAUUCCACAUUACCAGCAAUGGCUCCCUACUGUAAGGGUCUUGAUAUUUCUUCCAAGCUACGUUAUGAGCAAUUAUAUAGGCUAUUGGCAGGGAAAUCAGGUAACCAAAGGUUUAACCAGAUUCUUUCACGUCUUGCUUCACAGUCCCCCGGGGCCGACACCAAUGAGGACUUUGAGGAGAUGGUGACAAAGUUGAAGGAUAUACCUAACAUUGAGCUGCCCGCAGAAAUUCAAAAGCGAUUGAGGAUGAUGCCACCUGGCAAAUUGCCGACUGAUUUGGCAGAGGACAUUGCCCGUUAUUUGUCAGAAUUGCUUUUGAAUAACGAAACCGAGCAGCAAUUAUCUAAAUUGAGAGGAAAUUACCAUUCAAAUGUUCAAGAUGCCGUUUCAAAUUAUAUUUUGAACAGACUGCAGACACCACAUAUGGUUACCGUGGUUUGAUCUAAGAAUGCAUUUUUAUUUGAUUUUGGUUUAGAUUCUACUGGAAGUAGAAACAUUUAUAAUUGGUUCAAGAUUUUUAACGAAGUAACUAUAUAUACUAAUUUAUUAUCAAUUAACAU